CACAAACUAAGAGUUGCCGCUACAAGUCUUCGUACUCUGCUUUUGGUAGCCGACGAGUUGGAUGAACAGAGUGGAGGACAUGGAUGGCUUGUACAAGAAUUCCAAUGAACCAAUUGAAGCUCGCGUUCAGGACCUUCUUUCCCGUAUGACUCUGAAAGAAAAGAUUGGUCAGAUGACCCAAAUCGAGCGUCGCGUUGCAACUCCUUCUGACAUUAGGGACUUUUCUAUUGGUAGCAUACUUAGUUGUGGAGGUAGUGGCCCUUCUGAAAGUGAAAAUCCCAAGGUGUCGGAUUGGGCUGACAUGGUGGAUGGAUUUCAAAAGUCGGCUCUCGGGUCCAGAUUAGGCAUACCGCUCAUAUAUGGGAUCGAUGCAGUUCAUGGUAAUAAUAGCAUAUCCGGUGCCACAAUAUAUCCUCACAAUGUUGGCCUCGGAGCUACUAGAGAUGCGGAUUUAGCAGAAAGAAUUGGCUCUGCAACAGCACUUGAAGUUAGAGCAAGUGGGAUUCACUAUGUUUUUGCUCCUUGUGUUGCAGUCUGCAGAGAUCCCAGGUGGGGAAGAUGCUAUGAGAGUUACAGUGAAGAUACUGAGAUAGUCAGAAAGAUGAGCUCCAUAGUUUCAGGCUUGCAGGGUCAUCCUCCACAAGGACAUCAACAUGGUUAUCCGUUUGUCGGUGGAAGCAACAAGGUUAUUGCCUGUGCAAAGCACUUUGUUGGAGAUGGAGGUAUUGAGAACGGCAAAGAUAGAGGAAAUACAAUAUUAUCAUAUGAAGAGUUAGAAACAAUCCACAUGACUCCUUAUUUGGACUGCAUUUCACAGGGCGUUUCAACCAUUAUGGUUUCUUAUUCAAGUUGGAAUGGAAGCAAACUCCAUUCUCACCAUUUCCUUAUUACCGAAAUUCUGAAAGGAAAGCUAGGUUUUAAGGGCAUUGUAAUUUCUGACUGGAUGGGAAUUGAUAAGCUUGGCACACCAAGUAAGUUAGAUUACCGACAGUGCAUCAUGUUAGCUAUUAAUGCUGGAAUUGACAUGGUGAUGGUGCCUUAUAGAUUUAAACUGUUUGUUGGAGAAUUGAUCUCCCUUGUCGAAUCAGGGGAAGUACCAAUUGCUAGAAUUGAUGAUGCUGUUGAACGGAUAUUGAGGGUGAAAUUUGCUUCUAGUCUUUUUGAAUCCCCUUUAUCUGAUAGAUCUUUGCUUGAUAUAGUUGGUUGCAAGAAACAUAGAGAUCUUGCACGUGAAGCAGUUCAAAAGUCCUUGGUUCUAUUGAAAAAUGGAAAGCUUCAUAGCAAACCUUUUCUUCCUUUAAAUAGAAAAGCCAAGAGGAUUCUUAUAGCUGGAACUCAUGCAGAUAAUCUAGGAUUUCAAUGUGGGGGCUGGACUAAAGAUUGGCAAGGUCAAAGUGGGUCAAUUACAAUUGCUUUGCACACUAUUCUAGGGACAACGCUCUUGAAGGCCAUUGAGGAAGCUAUAGGAAAUGAAACAGAAAUUAUUUAUGAGCAGAGUCCAUCAAAAGAUACUCUAAAACGCAAUGACAUAUCUUUUGCUAUUGUAGCUGUUGGUGAAAAACCUUAUGCCGAGUUUUUUGGUGACAAUUCUGAGCUCGUAAUCCCAUUUAAUGGCCCUGACAUUAUAAGCUCAAUUGCAGACAAAUUCCCAACACUGGUUAUUCUAAUAUCUGGAAGACCUUUAUUAUUAGAACCAUGGCUGUUAGAAAAGAUUGAUGCUCUUGUUGCUGCUUGGUUGCCUGGCACUGAAGCUCAGGGAAUCAUAGAUGUUAUCUUUGGAGAUGUUGACUUCAAGGGUCAGCUUCCUGUGACUUGGUUUAGAAGAGUUGAGGAUCUUGAUCAAUCAAACCAUAAGAUUGGAGGACAUGGAUUGCUUGUACAAGAAUCCCAAUGAACCAAUUGAAGCUCGUGUUCAGGACCUUUCCCGAAUGACUCUGAAAGAGAAGAUUGGUCAGAUGACCCAAAUCGAGCGUCGCGUCGCAACUCCUUCCGCCAUUAGCGGCUUGUCUAUUGGUACUAUUUUAUCUCUUACUUUUUUCUCCUUUAGGAUUUGAAGAUUGAGAUGUUUGGUAUUCUGGUUCUGGUUCUGGUUCUGCUACUUGAAGGAGCAUGCUUAGUUGUGGAGGUAGUGGCCCUUUUGAAAAUGCCAUGGCGUCGGAUUGGACUGACAUGGUGGAUGGAUUUCAAAAGUCGGCUCUCGAGUCCAGAUUAGGCAUUCCGCUCGUAUAUGGGAUCGAUGCUGUUCAUGGUAAUAAAGAUAUACGGUGCUACUAUAUAUCCUCUCAAUGUUGGCCUCGGAGCUACUAGUUUUCAUUUCUCACUGGUGGCUGCUUGUAGAGAUGCGGAUUUAGCAGAAAGAAUUGGGGCUGCAACAGCACUGGAAGUUAGAGCAAGUGGGAUUCACUUUGUUUUUGCUCGUCGUGCAUCAUAAUUAACCCGUAUUCUAUUCUAAUUAUAAAUCAUGCUGGAUAAAACCAUCCCCUUGUAAUUACGUCUGUAUAAUUCAUAGAUAAAAUCGUGUCUCACUUGAAUGAACAAAUGGACAGGUCCGCAGAGAUCCCAGGUGGGGAAGACGCUAUUUUAAUGAUGAAUAAUAGAUUUUAUAUAUUUUAUCUUA